GGAGUGUGCCGCGGGUUUCUACCGGCUCCGCACCGGCUCCCUGACAUCUGCUCCGGCAUCCAGAGUGCCCAGCGCUGCCGGCAUGGGCAGCUGUGUUCAGUGCCAAUGCAGUGGGCACUCUUCCACCUGUGACCCUGAGACAUCCAUAUGCCAGAACUGUCAAGACAACACAGAGGGGGAUCGAUGUGAACGCUGCGCUCCAGGAUUCUACGGCGUGGUCCGAGGUUUUCAUGACGACUGCAAACCCUGCGCCUGCCCCCUCCCCAACCCAGAGAACAAUUUCAGUCCGACCUGUGUUGCGGAGGGAUUUGAUGACUACCGCUGCACCUCCUGUCCCGAGGGAUAUGAGGGCAAAUACUGUGAGAGGUGUGCCACUGGUUACCGCGGUAACCCGAGGACGCCGGGCGGCCGCUGCGAGGAGUGUAAGUGUUCCGUGUGGGGGGCGCUGCCCGGACCGUGCGACCCUGUCACGGGCCAGUGCCGUUGCAGGGCGGGGGCUUCGGGACAGUCGUGUGACCAGUGCAUGGAGAGGCAUGUGUGUGGAGCCGCCGGGAUCAUCUGGUGUCUGAAGGUUAAAGGUUUUGAUGAAGAGCUUAAGGUUUCAAAAGAAA